AUGCCUACCACCGACUCAUCUCCCAUCCCACAACCCCCAGGGCUCAAAAAGAUCGCGCCGUAUUGGUACCCGUAUACGACCAUGACGAAGAUGCGCUGGAUUGGGAGGGAGUUGCUCGAGGUUGUAUCGACUGAAUUUCGGGAUCGGUCUAUGGAGUAUUACAGAUACGCACUCGAAUCGGGUGUCACAACCGUUAACGGCCAAAUCGCGAAACCCGAUACGAAAUUGCGGGACGGAGAUCGCAUCGAAAACAUAGUACACAGACACGAACCACCAGUAACCUCCACACCCGUCAAGGUUCUCUACCACGACGUGGAGCGCGAAUUUUUAGUGGUUGAUAAACCGGGCAGCAUCCCUGUUCACGCGUCUGGUCGAUACUACCGCAACACUCUUAUUGAGAUACUAGUGAACGAUUUUGGGUACAAGAAAUGUUAUCCGGCGAAUCGACUGGAUAGGCUAACCUCCGGCCUGAUGAUCAUCCCCCUAUCCCCUGACAGGGCACGCGUACUCACUGAUGAAUUCACGACUGGGACGGUACGCAAGGAGUACGUUGCGCGCGUGAGGGGCCGGUUUCCUGCGCAAGAAAUCGUAUGCGAAGAGCCACUUUUGACUGUUGAUCGGCAAAUGGGGCUGAAUAUCGUUCAUCCGGAAGGAAAGGUGCUAUUCAUCCACCUACAGCCUGCAAAAACGGUGUUCAAUCUAAUAAGAUACGACGAAAACACGAAUAGCAGCGUCGUCAGAUGCGAACCUUUAACAGGACGAUCCCAUCAACUCCGUGUCCACCUCCAAUAUCUCGGCUUCCCCAUAGCCAACGACCCCAUCUACUCUGAAUCCCGUAUAUGGGGUGAAAAAAUCGGUAAAGGCGGCGUGGACACCGUACCAAGCGACGAGCGCUCUGCCCCGGCGCCGCCUCCUCAUUUAGAGGAGCUGACGAAGAUGGGUGGGAGUCCAGAGUCUUUACGUACAGAGAAAGACGAGACGGGUGAGGAUAUUGGUAUGGGAUCACCGGUACCGCUCUCGAGCGAGGCGGUGGGUGUUAUUACGAGGUUGAGGAAUAUGAAGGACGAAGAUGAAGACUGGAGUCGAUGGCGGGAUGUCGUGUUUAGAGCCAAGGGGGCUUUGGGCCCUCAUAACUUGCCACAAGGCGAAUCGACACAGUCACAAGGCGAAACAAUUACGCAGUCUUUAGGCGAAGGCGAAUCAUCCACAGACUCGCCCUCCCAACUGACAACAGACGAACCUGCUCAGGACGUCAACACCGUGAUCCAAUCCGACAACCUCUAUUGUCCAGAAUGUUAUUUGCCUUUACACCCUGACCCCAAGCCAGAGAAGCUGUACAUCUUUUUGCAUGCGCGGAAGUAUACCACGAGUUUUGGGGCUUUUGAGACGGAUAUGCCAGAGUGGGCUGCGGAGGGAUGGGUUUGGGAUCAGAGUUAG